AGGAUGUAACUGUCUGUGGAAGAAGACCGGAAGUGAUGGUGGUGAAUAUGAUAUAGUUAAAGCUAUCAGAGGAAAUAUGUCAAUGUUCAAUAUUAUAAAACAUGCCACUGAGCUUGUCAAUAAUCCAGAAAACAUGAACUCAGAAAAUGAUGGAGCACUAGCUAUUCAAAAGUCCACUUCGGCUUUAGAUACAGAGCAGACAAAUGGGAGUCUAUUGAUACAUGAAUUCGAGGGUGAUCCUACUCAAUCAGAUAAAUCGACAACAGAUAAAACAUGUAAUAUCAUCUCAUCAGAGCAGAAGUCUUUUAAAAACCCAUCAGACACUUUUUCAAUUCUAGACCUUGAUAGGAAGGGCACAGCUGAUCCAGUUGGAUUGGGUCAGGUUCAAAACAGUGCUGCACCUUCAUGUUUAGCCUCUUUGAUUAAUGACCAGGACAUAUCAUCACUUGAUCAGUCAUCCUCUGAUCAAGAUGAAGAUACAAUUAAAUCAGAUGGUAUUGGCGAGGCUACAGAAAAUGGUCACUGUGCUGCAGUUGAAUCAGAAAUACGGGCUCAGAGCAAUGUAAACACAUUGGAAAAUUUACCAGUCAAUUCUGAACCUGUUAAAUUAAAGGAGAUAUUGUGUAAAGAAACAAGUAGUAGUCAGACAAGUACUGAAACUCAGGCUCUUGCUGACUCCAUCCCGGCUGCUGUUCAAAAAUCUAGCCUUGUAAUUGCAGCUGAACGUACAUCUGAUUCAACCCCUGAACAAGGAAAACCGGAUAAAAGCAAAGAAAAACUAAGAAAAACUUCACAUAAAUAUACAUCAGACUUGACACCGACCAUGCUGGUGUUACAUUACUAUCACAAGGAUAAGAAACCUGAGGAAUAUGCAGAUGUUCACAAAGCUUUGCAGGCCUGGAGUUCUGAUGAGAGAGUAAAACUGAUAAGACACCUAGAACUGAAGAUAAUCCGGUCAGUUGUGUGCUGUGUGAGUUCAAGACAUUAAAACACUCAGAGUUGAACCAGCACAUUUUGAUAGUUCAUGUGGCGGAACAGAAACCUCUUAAAACGUUGAAAUGUGCAGACUGUCCUAGUGUAUAUCGUAACACAAUGACUCUAAACAUUCAUCGAAAAAAAACCCACCCUCCUCUACUCACUUGUCCUGACUGCCGCUACACUUCUAACUGCAAGUUUCACAUCAUCUUCCACCAAGUUAUCUACCAUCCAGACUCCCGUACCGGCCGACAGUUCUACAAACAAACUUGGAACCGUGGACCAUACAGAGAGUUGUAUUUUAGAUUGAGAGAGAGUCCCUCCCUAUUUUCUAAAGUUAGUCAGCCACUGCCCAAGGACCCGUUUCAUGAUGAGUGCUAUGAUUUCUGGGCAGAUUUAGUGCCGUCACUGAAGAUUAAAGAUGUUGCAGUGAAGGAUGUGGUUGCUUUAACGGAUGGUCUUGUCACAACGAUUAUCUCAAAUACCAUACAGGGAUUGCAGAUCAAGAGACAUAAUGAUGAAUUUAAAGCCAAACAAUCUUCUCUACAAAUGAUAGAAUUGGAGAGAAAAUCCUCUUACCAAUCCGAAAAAGUAUUUAAUAUGUUGGAUUGCCCAAAAAAAGAUCCAUUACCAAAGUUGAGUCAGAAACCUCAUGAACUUCCAACUUCAAAGAAACCGGAUAUAAUGCUGAUGUUUCAGGACAUGAUAAGAAAACGAUAUUGUUUGCUUUGCGAUAAUACAUUUAAUAAACGAAAAAAACGGAUAGGAUAUACCCUUAUGCUUGACCAUCUCUUCGGACAUUUUAGUCUGAGAACUCAUUACUGCACCCAAUGUGAAAUACCAGACUGCAAUUUUUCUAGCGAUCAAUUGUUAUGUCAACAUAAAGGCAACAUCUCAGAGCUCGAACGGAGGAAGAAAGUUAUGAUUAAGGCCGCGACACAAGAACGAUUUCGAACGUUAAUGUCAGACACAAAAGCUAAACUGAUAAAAAGAUCCACCGAUCAUAAUGCUGGUAGUACACCAAAUAUCAUUAUUGCUCCCAAACCUUCGCCGUCAGCGAUACGUAUCAACAAUACUCAUCAACAACCCGUGCUUAAGCAGCAAGCAGAGGUUGUUUCAGUCGGAAAAGAAAAUAGUCAGCAAAACAGUCCUUUGACUUUGGUUCAUAUCAUUCCCGUGAAUUUGAUCCAGUUGCAACCAGUGCUUCAAAGUCCUCUUAUAUCAGAAAAUACAAUUUAUAAAAAUAAUUGUAAUCUCAUCCAAGUUGACCCUGACAGGAGGGAUGACAGUUUGUCUUUUGAGGAACAAAGAUUCAAUCACGAUAUUAAUAUGCUUCCUACGGGCAACAGUUCGGAUAGUAAAUACUCUGCAAUAGGUACAUACAAUCAAUGUAGAAAUGAAUCUAUUGAUAGAACUUAUGGGGGAGAAUUAAAUACUGAGAAGGAAAAUCUGACAUGUUUGACAAUACCAGAGACUUCUUCGAACUAUUCUAUGAUGGUAGAAGAGCCCGACUCAGGUGAAAGUGCCAGAAAAGAAACUAUUGAGAAUGUCAGGGCACCAGUCUCAGAUCAGGCAAAGAAAUGGUUCGGAUCAGUAAAUAUAACAGAUAACGGGGACCAGUACUUCCACCCUACAGUGAUAUUUGACGAUUACUUUUCAUUUGAAGAGUUAAGGUUUGCCCUGUUUGUUUAUGCAAUGCAUACACACCCAAAAAAGCCAUCUACCGGCAAGAGAAAAAGGUUGAAGAAUAGGAUACGUUCCACGACACGCUAUUCUAGGAAGACUCCAAGUAACUCUGAUGAAUCGGACGAGGAAGAUGACCCGUAUUACCGGAUCGAUAACGAUGACUUACCUUAUGAGCCUAGGGUAGAGCUUCCUAUUGAACGGCGAUCUUAUCCGAAAAGGAAACAGAAGAAAACGAAACCUUUUACUUUACUUGAUCAUCAACCACCCGAAACUGAUGAUAAUCGACCAAUUGAAAGGGAAAGUGAUGAGACUGAGAAAAGCGAAGAGCAGGAUCCCAUGCUGAAUCACGACAGUGAUGAAUUUGAUCAGAUCCCGGAGGAAGAUGAUAAUUUCAUCAAUGGAAUUUAUCUUGAAGCAGGAUAUGGAAUAGAUCUUUCGUUUCCAGCUGACGAUGACAUUUUCGAUUUUGCUGAAGAUUCCGCUGAAGGCGCAACUAGGACAAAACAGAGCGAUGUGAAGAAAGAGUUUAAAGACAAUGAAUUGUCAUUUUGGUUCAAUGAUGUUGGAGGACUUAAAGAGGAGAAUGAUUGCAAGGACUUAAAAGAUUGUCACAUGAAGUCAGCGCUGGGCAAAGAAAAUGAGGAUACAAAUUCUAGUGUCACUUCCGAUCGGAACGAUGAAGUUGAAGAUGAAACUACUGAUACAUCAAAGACUAGGAAACCGACUGCCAGAAAGUCGACUGCUUCCGCAAGGGCUGAUAAAACUAUUGUUCUUGACAAAAGAACAAAGAGAAAACUACAAAAUAUUACUGACGAAGUUGAAUGUAUUGUAGGCAAAGAUCAAAUUUUACCUAUAGAUUCAAGUCACCCUUCUGAGCAAUUCCUUCCUGAUGACAUAUCCUCCCUGAAUUUGCCCGACAACAUUCCAAAAUUGCUACAAACACAAAUAAGAAAACAGUUGAUCGAGAAAUCAAAACUUGUCAGUAAUCAAUCCCCCUCUGACGAAACAAUGAAUCUAGAAACUGUACAACCAAGUAUUCUUCCUUGUAAACCUGAAAACUUUGAUAACUCUGAAAAUGAGACUCACCCAAAGAAAAGAAAGCGAUCCAGAAAACUACGAUACUCUGUACAGAAAAAGAAAACAUCCUCUGAACAUAAAUCAGUAAACUCUCCAGGCCCUCCAAUCGUGAUGCCUCACAAAUCGCCCGGACCACCCACAGUGAGGCCAUUCAAAUCUCCUGAACCCACCCUUUUAGAGACACCGAAGUCCCCUGGGCCCCCCAAAUCACCAGGUCCUCCAACAGUUAGACCAGUAGAUCCUGCUGAAUUAAAGUCCUUAACAUCAAGCCACCCACGCCAAGUAUGCCAGAGAUCUCAGCCUGGUUCUGCUGAAAUUCCUCAAGUUGUUAUAUACGAGAAGGUGCAGGAUACUCUGCCUCCCGCUAGUCCCUCAAUACCCCGUGUAACUGCUCUGAAACCUGUUCUAAAGAUCCGCAUGUGUGAUCCCUCUGAGGCUGCCCGGCAGAUCAUGUGUAGACAAACAAAAUACUUUUUCACUCGUAAUGAGCAAACUAAUGAGCUAACCCGGCAGGGGAAUAAUACCCUUGAACCACGGUCAAGUCAUAUCCAGAAUUCACAACCAUUACCGCAAUCAAGCAAUGUUACAACCAACAGAAGAACACCCGACCAGAAUAUGUCUGUUCAAAUAAUCCCGUGUCCAGUGACCCUAUCAAACUUCAAAUCAUGCGAAUACUGCAACAAGCGCUUCAAGAACCUGUUCUGUGCCAAGAUCCACUACUGGAUCGACCACCAGCAACUUUCCUACAACCCUGACUUACCCCUGCCUCUCACACGGACCUCACAACAGGAAAUCGAGAGCAGAGUCUGUCCUUACUGUCGCUUCAAACUCGUGGGAGAUAGCGAGGAGCUGUUUGAGACCCACAUUUUGAUUCACCUUCAGCUGCUUCCCUAUUUGUGUGGCGUGUGUUUGUUUCCAGCUGUAAGUCCGAAUGCUCUGGAGAAACACACCUGUUUUACUGAACGGGUACUACCCCUCAAAAGAGAGAAGGAGGUACCUGGGAUUCCUGUAGUGGAGCCAUUGUUUGAGGUUAAGAUUGAAGAAAAACCAACUGUUACUCUUUGUCAUGAAAUGUCUUGGAAGGGGAAGAGGGUUAAAUGAAGAUUUUUAAUUCAACCAGACAUGAAUUUAUUCAGAUGAAAUGAGGUAUAGGGUUAUUUUAAUUUUAUUUAAUUUAAAAUAAAUUUUAUCAAAAUAAUGUUUUAGCAUGAAAUAGAUAUUGAUUUUUUUGAUCGGAUACAAUAUGUUUAUUGAUUAAUUUAAAUCAAUUUAAUUUGGAUUGACCGAUUGAAAGUUUUACAUAGAUGAUAGUUUUAUAUUGAUAAUUAAUCGUUAACUUAUCUUGAAUCAUUAAUAAUCGUUUAUUUAGCUACAAUUGAAUCUUUUACUUGGUAGUGAAUACUAUGUAUAAUAAUACGUUACAAUAGCGGUCCACAUAAUGAUAUC